AUGGCCACUCCUGCUAUCAUAAAGCCAUAUUUCGAAGCGCAGUAUGAUCAUCGCGCUUUUGACGCCCUAUUGGACGUUGACGAGUCUGCUAGUCUUUUUGAGACGCUUGCCGGCUAUGAGCACUUGAAGUCCGGGCUUAGAGACAUUUUCAUGCGUCAUGGUGUAAAUGACGAGCUCGCCGUCUCACUUCUGCACCGCCACUUUGAGAUGGCAUCUAACGAAAAGCUCGUGGAGCUGGGACCUGUUUCAUCCCCAUGGCCAAUUGCUGCCCACGAAGAGUCCGUGAUGGGUGGCUCUGUCCUACCGCAUACUUGGCGUGUGUUUGAGAAUGAACUUCACCCGGUCGAAUUUCGCUUUGUCCCAAUGCUGGAGGUUCCAAAUGUGCGAAAAGUUCAGUUUACUCAAGCAUUUUUCGAUGAUUUCUGUCAAUACGUGAAAUCAAAUGGUUUGGAAAAUGUCGUUGGCAUCACCCAGAUUGAACACGGAAGAGAAGCAAGCCAGAGUGAUGUGCAAUUGAUGGAAGUCACCUAUGGCCGGAACUCGAUCAUGGUCCCCGCGAUCCCUGCAAGCGAGGUUACUGGGCCUGCUUUUCAAACUGUAUGGGAGUUUGUCGAAAAGCCAAGCCCUCAUGUCGAUAAGGAUGGUAUCCAGAGCCGUCACAAUCUCUGCUUCAAGUCCCAGCAGACCGAUGCUCCGGCAGACGGCAUCCAGAGCCGUCACAAUCUCUGCUUCAAGUCCCAGCAGACCGAUGCUCCGGCAGACGGCAUCCAGAGCCGUCACAAUCUCUGCUUCAAGUCCCAGCAGACCGAUGCUCCGGCAGACGGCAUCCAGAGCCGUCACAAUCUCUGCUUCAAGUCCCAGCAGACCGAUGCUCCGGCAGACGGCAUCCAGAGCCGUCACAAUCUCUGCUUCAAGUCCCAGCAGACCGAUGCUCCGGCAGACGGUAUCCAGAGCCGUCACAAUCUCUGCUUCAAGUCCCAGCAGACCGAUGCUCCGGCAGACGGUAUCCAGAGCCGUCACAAUCUCUGCUUCAAGUCCCAGCAGACCGAUGCUCCGGCAGACGGCAUCCAGAGCCGUCACAAUCUCUGCUUCAAGUCCCAGCAGGCCGGCGCUCUCGUGAAUGGUAUCUGA